AUGAAGCUUCUCACUAAAGAAGAAGAGGAUGCCCACUACAGCACCGUUCUCAAGUACGGCACAGUGGGUGGCUUCGCCGGUCUCGCCGCUGGAGCAGCCGGAGUUCUCUUCGCCUCCAAACGCUACCACACAAUCCGUAACCUGACCAUUCCUAUGAAAGCCUUCCUGGUGACCUCAUCGGGGACCUUUGUGGGCAUCAUCGCGGCAGACCACGGAUCCCGCGAAUUCGAAAAGCAACACAAUGCCGAACGAAUGUGGUACGAGAACCGUGAGCAGCGCCUUCGUAUGGAGGAAUCCAAGGGCCUCAGCAUAACCGACCGCGUUGUCGCCUUCGCCCGCCGCGAGAAAUACAAGAUCGUCGGUGCCACCUGGGUCGCGUCCAUGGUUGGUUCAUUCGUGCUUGUCAGCCGCAACCCCUUCCUAUCGGGCCAGCAGAAGCUCGUGCAAGCUCGUGUCUAUGCUCAGGGCCUGACAUUGGGUGUUCUGUGCGCAUCUGCUGCGUUCGAGAUCUCCGAUCAGCGUCGCGGCCGCGGUAUGCUUGAUUCUAAGAGGGGCGAUAAGGGGACUCAGCAGGCUGAGGCCGCGGAGUCGGUUCCUGCGCACCAUGAUUCCAAGGAUGAGGGUGAUCUCUGGAAGGAGAUGGUUGCUGCUGAAGAGCAGCGGUUGAAGUCUAAGCAUCAGACUCUUAGUGUGAAGAGUGAGCACGAAGCUGCCGAGAAGAGGAAGAAUCAUCAGAAUGCUAAGGCUGAGAAGCCUAAGGAGGAAUCCGAGUCUAAGGAGACCAAGACUGAGUCUAAAGACGAGGAGAAGGAUGAGGGUGAGAAGGAUGAGGGAAAGGGUGAGAAGAAGGCUUAA